AUGGAUCCGUACUUGCCGUACCUCCUUUCUCUUCCAAUUGUCAUUCUCGUAUAUAUCAAAAUGCCACCAAAGCUGUCGUCAAUAAUAUCGAUCUCGAAUAUAACAGGGCCGCCAGCUGUGUUUUCGAAGAAAAUUUUAGGCUUUGCAACAUAUCUAUCAGACUGCGGCUAUGAAGUGGCGCAAACAGAGAUUCGUCACGAGUUUGGCUGCAUCUACUUAGGGAACGGAAUAGCUUGGGCACAAGAGACUCUCACACCGGCGUUUGGCAAUCUUGAGAGUCGUGGAAUGAUACGCGCGUUUCUGGAAAGUGCGGGACAUAUUAUUGCAAACUUGGAAGAAACAACUGCAGUUGAAGUUACUGAUGGCAUCUCGCACGACACGUUGGAGACGUUCGGCACACUUGACAGCGAAAAGAACCCACUGGCUCAAGCCUACAAAAAUCUUCUCACAAGCACAUUUGGCCUUCCAUCGAAGGCCUCCGGGAUGUUUGGGGAGAUAACGCGCAUGACUUUGUUCCCGAACGAUGGAUUCACCCUACAAAUGUCGACAAAGAUGGCUCCACCAGUCCUUUUGGCGUUUACUCCAAUCUCGGCAACUUUAUGGAAGUUUGCCGUAUUCGAGAUCCAGGCUUUUCUCAUCAAGAUAGUGCAGUCGUUCGAGUGGAAGCAUCCCCGCGAUGGACCACGAGUUAUUCGUGCAACAAGCGGUGUGAUGGCACCAGUUCUUGAAGGUCAGGAGGAGAAGGGAAAACAACUAAUCCUAGAAUUUAGGGAAAUAUGA